AGAGCAGAGUUUUGAAGGUGGAGAAUAGUUUCCGAGCGUCAGUUGCACCGUUGAUCUUGUAAUUGAAAAAAGUCUUCUUAGCAGCAGUGAUGCAGAGCAGAAGCAGAGUCCCCCUCCCCAUGACCCCAGUGUGCUCUGAUUGAUUAGCUGGGCGGGCAAAAAGGAUUGUGUUACGAGAUUGCGUCAUCUUGUAGCAAAGGAAAAGGGCUAGAAUCCAGUGGUCUGUGGUUCCCUCUGCCUUUUGACUUUGUCUGGUUUACCCAAGUUUGGGACCCCGGGCCACAACACCACACCAGGUGCCAAGAAAGUAAGACUAAAUAUCCAAAUGAAUACAAAUGAAUGACGUAAAAUGAUCAGUUGUUAAAAUAAGUGUUCAGUAUGUCAAAGUUAAGACCAUACAAGCUUACCACAAGGACCCUAUCAACCAGCCUUACCCUUCAAUGCUUAACUAAUGCAUGACUCAUGAUGAUUAAAUGCAUGAAUUAAUGUAAGAUGUUGUGCCUUUACAGAUCCUCCCAUCAUUCCAACUUCACUUUUCUAGUAGGGCUUUCUGAUAUAAAUUGGUCUCUUCUUGCACUCUCUGCUUUAAUUUCCCUUUCUUGAGCUUCUCUCAGAAAUCUUGAGGCAGGGGAUAAAAGGUAACUGCUAAUUUCCUCUUCAUAUCAAUGUUGUCUUCAUUAUUUGAAUCACCUUCUGUGUGGCUGCCACUUCAGCUGCUGCUCUUCCCUGCAGUGAGUUACGGGAAGAUUGUCUGGACAUGUUGGAAACAGACUUUGACUUUCUGGAGGGUACUGAGAUGAUGCUGGACACAGAGGUUUCAGACACUGACUCUGAAUCAGGCCAGGCUGAGCCACUGGUGAGGCAGGUGAAGAGGACACGAAUUCAAAGGGAUGACUUUGAGAUCCUGAAAGUGAUUGGCAGAGGGACCUUCAGUGAGGUGGCUGUGGCACGGAUGCGGAGAACACAGCAGGUUUACGCUCUGAAGAUAAUGAACAAGUGGGAUAUGCUGAAGCGAGGACAGACAGCUUGCUACCAAGAAGAGAGGGAGGUCCUUCUAAAGGGAGACCGAAAGUGGAUUACGGAACUGCACUAUGCUUUUCAAGAUGACAAUUAUCUUUAUCUUGUUAUGGAUUAUUAUGUUGGUGGUGACCUGUUGACCUUGCUCAGUAAGUUUGGAGAUCGUAUCCCAGAAGACAUGGCUCAGUUCUAUCUUGCUGAGAUGGUUAUGGCCAUAGACUCUAUCCACAGGCUUGGCUAUGUUCACAGAGAUGUCAAACCAGACAAUAUCCUGCUCACUGCAGAUGGCCACGUCAGGCUUGGGGACUUUGGAUCUUGUCUGAGGCUCCAGGAGGAUGGAAUGGUUCUCUCUUCCCUGGCCGUGGGAACCCCUGAUUACCUGUCUCCAGAGAUACUGCGUGCAGUGGAGGGUCUGGGUGGGGGGUAUGGUACAGAGUGUGACUGGUGGGCCCUGGGUGUGUGCGCUUAUGAAAUGUUGCUGGGGACGACACCUUUCUUUGCUGAGUCUAUCUCUGAGACAUACGCCAAGAUCAUCCACUUCCAGGAUUACUUUGAAUUCCCUUCAGCGGGUCCACAGAUUUCUCCAGAGGCCAGCUCUCUCAUAACAGGCUUGAUCUGUGAGAGGCAAGAGCGUCUGGGGACCAGAGGCUCUGUGGACCUGAGGGGGCAUCCCUUCUUCAGUGGGCUGGACUGGGGCCGUCUUCACCUCCUCCCAGCUCCAUUCCACCCAGAAGUCUCCAACCCCACUGAUACAUCCAACUUUGAUGUGCUUGAUGAUUGCCUUAGUGAAAUGGAAACUCUGUGUGAUGUCAUGGAUAGGGCACCUGUGGGUGUUCAUUUGGCCUUCGUUGGUUUUUCCUACACUGCUACGAGGGAGACAGGUGCUAUGGACCACAGUCACAAUAUCAUGAUGGAGAUUGACCACCACCAGGUAGAAGACUGUCACCAUUUCCAGGAGAAGGUGAUGUGGCAGCUUGGAGAACUCCCCUCAGCAGAGACGUCAGCGCCCCCUCUGGAGCACCCUCUGGCUCUGGGACUGACUCCUACAGAUGCACAAGAUGCUGAGAAGCACAGAGGAGCACAUAAGGAGGAGCUAAUCAGGAGGUUGCAGGAAGCAGAGCAGCGGACCUCACAGCUGGAGAGAGGGAUGACGAGGCUGCAUGAGGAGAUCCAGACGCUGAGGACUCAGAGAGAACAAGGUUCGCUGGCCACAGGUGAGGUGUGAGUCAUAUCUCCUGGCGUGUGCUAGGGGGAUGAGCUUCCAGCCUGGGAAUGUCACUGCCGGUCUGAAGCCUCCCGACCUAAAGCUUUCAUUCAGACACAACAAAGGUGAUGAUGACGCUCUUCGGCACCUUUCAAGGCUUUGCCAAUCACUGCUAAGCAGGCGAUACUAAGAGACCAACUUCAAACAGACAGAGCUGUAGUGGCACAUUUCUACAGAGGACAUGUGAGCACUGCAAUCAUUUUUGUGUGAGAAACUGCUGUUCCACUAUGUCCAUCGAAGUAUUUCUGCUUGGGUUUUUCAGUUGUGUCAAAAGACAGAUCUUGUCCAAACAUCUACAGUACUUCAUGUAAAAAAACAACAACAAAAACCCAGGAAACAAACAACGUAUUCACCCAAUCCGGGCGACCUUGAUCUAUUUUUAAUAGAGGCAUAAACAAGAGCCUUUAGUGGAGCUGGGAGUAAUUAAUGGGGUCUGGAUGGCUUGAGAAAAUCAAAACAGACAAACUUGAAGAUAUAAAAUGGUUGGUGACUAGAGCCCAAACAAUAUAAGAUUUUUAAGACCACUUUGAUUUUGAUAUUUAAUUAUUUUAAAAAACAAUAAUAAUAUAUCGGCUGAUAUUCAUUUUAACACAUAACAUAAACAAAUAAUUUUUCCCAAACAUUUAGUGUAGUGAUCGAAGAGUUCUGACCAAGAUAGGACAUAAUGUAGUUUAAAUAAUUAUCUGGAAACAAAGGCUCUACUUGAUGGACAAAAAUAUAUAAUAAAGUACAGGUAUUGUUUUUUAUGGUUGUUUGAUAGUUAUAAAUAUAUAAUAAAGUACAGGUAUUCUUUUUUAUUGUUGUUUGAUAGUUAUAAGCUCACACCUAAUUUUUCACAAUGACUAGCCUACUUUCCAUAUACUCACUUAUCCAGUUUAUUGCUUUUAAUUCUAUAGAAGUUACAACAAAACAUUUUUCAACCACCAUUUUGUCAAUUUAAACUAUGCGAUAGGUUGCUUUGAAUGAACACUGUUGUUAACACAUGCAACAAAAUUUGGGAGAUGUAUGAAGCCAAAACAGAGACCUUGAGUUUGGCAUUGAAAAAAACCCACUAAACUAGUUUCAAGUGUUCAAUUAGCGAUGAAAAUAUUUUUUUGUAGAUGAGAAGUGCCAUUGAACGGGCUGACAUGGGAUUUUCUCUUCCUUUUUUAAUAAUUCCAAUACAUCCGGCCACGCCCACGUUCAGAGACGCGCUGCCCAUUGGUUCUAUGCAAAUUAUGUAUUUCUUGUGCCUCCCAUCAAUCUCCUCCCGUUCCACGCCAAAACAGAGACAGUAAGUUCAAAUUGAAAAGUACCGACAACGAAAAAAAGACAUCAGAAUAAACAAAAAAAACAUAAAAAAUCUUUUCAGUUCCUAAAGUUAAUGUUAGUUAAUUAAAAGUUAAGUCAAUGCCAAACUGAAAGUCUCUGUUUUAGCUCCAUAGAGAUGGGCCAUGGAGAUGAAUCAACCCUCUCUGUCAUGUAUUUUUUUUCAAAGUGCUCACUUUUAUUGAGCUUACAAUUUGUAAUGCAUGACUGUAACUGCUGAAGUUUAAAUUGCGAGACUGAGAAACCGUGGCAUUAGCUUUGUGGCUAACUAACUUAACAAUGUAGUUUCUGUCAACAAUAUAGCCGGAAUAUGUUUGAGAUAUGAUGAGGGAGGAAAUUAUAGAAUAUCCGUUCUGUUACUACCACUACUGUUUCACAAAUAAACCAACAAACAAGUUAGCCGAUAACCUAUAAGUUAGCUGUUGUGUAUGUUAUGUAAGCUAUGUAAACUAUGAGGUAACUGGUACUGUACCAUGGAACUGUGCCUGACAGUAACACCAGUUAUAAGAGUGGGCCUGUUACACUGACACACAGUGUGGACUUCAUUUAUGUUACAGGAUACAUAAGCAAGUACAAGCAAGCAUCCUCUGGUGUUAAAGACAAUUUUUUAACAAAAAUAAAGCUGUGAAGAGAAUAAUUUGAAAUGGCAAAAAAAGGAACAAAACUUUCCUAGGCCACUAAGAACCGCAAGUGGACUAUUGAAGACGGGAAGAAAGUCUUGUAAAGAGAUGAAUGAAAAUCUUCACUUCAUCACACAGGGCUUUUGUACACCUUCAAGUGGGUGAAAAGAUUGUUUUUGAGCAUGUGCCAACUGUCGAACAUGAAGCAGGAGGCAUGAUGGUCUGGGACUCUUUUUUUAAAAUCUAGAGUCAAUGACUUGCACAGAGUGACUAGCACCCUACAGGUCUAGAGUCAAUGACUUGCACAGAGUGACUAGCACCCUACAGGUCUACCGCAUUUAGAUAAUGACCAAAACGGAACAGGACAUUGGAAUAGGACAGACUUGACAUUCCUUGCAUAAUGUUUUUUUCUUGUGGUUUUGAGGUUUUCUUGUGUAAGUAACUUCCCCAUGGUAUUACACACAAGUCAAUAAUGCAAUCACUUUAGCACAUUCUCAAACAUAUGACACAUUGUUACCGUAUAAUAAUUUGUACACAAAGUAAAAUUAGGGCUCCCAUUUUGAGUGGUGUAAACUCUGAGGAUCUUAAAGUUGAUCAACUGGUGGCUCAAAUUUUGGCUUUUAUUUCAUAAAAGAGAGCAUUGUUUGUUGUGGCACAUUGGUAGAGGGAUGUUAAAGAAGGGAGAACAAAACAAAUAUUAUUCUCAUGACUCCACCCCUGAUUUCUGUUUGUGUUCUUUAUUGUGAACUGUGAUUUUAUUUAUAGAGUUGCAUAUCCAGGCCACUAGAAGGUGCUUAAGGGAGUGAUGGGAAGUAGGCUUAACUGCAGAAUAAACCAUGCAGGGAACAGUUUGAUGUGAUCCGUUGAAUCCCAUCAUAUGUUCAUAAGAUCAUGUGUAUUCUUCAACCCAAUAUGCUAGCUUAGAAGCCAAUACAAUGUUAAAGAUGUUAAUGUUAAAGAGUUUUAUUGAAAUUAUGUAUUUCCUGUUAAACACGUGUUUGCUGGGAAAUGGCGCUAGGCACUAAGGCUAGGGGAUUAGCCCCGACCGUUGAGAAGUGACUGAAUCUCACUUCUACCAUGAUGAUGAAAUAAUGAGUUGCAUUUCAAACGAUGCCUAGACAUUCAAGUAGUAGGAUAACAGUCUAACAAUGGCUGUACAAGUAAUGAUGUUCUGAACAUAUAUUGUCAUAUGGACAACUAGCAUAGUCUCAUGCAUUAAAUGAAUAGGCCUACAGCUUAAGGACAAGAAGGGCCAUGUAUUAGUUAAGCAGGAUAAGCUGUAAUUACGGUGAACAUGGGUUAGCUUGUUAAUUGAUUUGAUGCAUUUCAUGUGUUAUGUUACUAACGUGCUUUGUUUAGAUGUGAUUUCAGAGUGAAUAUAGUUUAUCUUGCUGAUAGUGUGUUGUUUCGAAGAAUGUACCUAUCAUGUGUGCCCUGUUAAGCGAAUGACUCAGAACACCAGAUGCAUUUUUGGAAUUGAUUUAAUUCUUGUUGUGGUUAAUGUUUUAACAGAAUAAAGCAUGCAGAGAAAAUCCA